AUGCGCCAUAAUCAAGUUGUCUACCGUUACAAACCGAAACCACUCGAAAAAGUGGUUUGGAAACAAGUGGAGCGGCGGACGGCUGAUGGGUAUUUGAUCUCGGUAUCGAGUCAGGAGUCCGUCCAAGUUGCUGACUACGAUAAAUUUUAUGCCUGCCCAGUUUCUGAAUCCGGAAACGGCUACGCCGCUAAAAGUUGGUCCUACCGCCCGGAUCGUCCGGAACCGCCGAAUCUGCAAGUAUGCCCCCGUUGUGCAAUCCCGAUUCGUGAAGAAGGGCAUGCUAUCGAGAACUGCGGCCUGAAAAAAGCGUACAAGACUGUUUACUACGAUUUUGUGUCCCUCCAACAUCUCCUGGAUCGUAUCAAUCACAUCCGAAGAGAAAAUCGAAUAAUGCCCUUGUACUCCGACAGAAAUCUGAUUGCGGACGCCGAGGCCUGGGCGGAUUUUCUAGCUGCAGAGGAUGACUUUUGUACUCAACGCGGCACGUGUAUGUCCGUUUGGAUGGGGGCCGAUCCUUCAGCUGACAUUGCUUUUGCUUGGAUAUCCGAAGCCGAUCGGUCGGGAAACCCGAAUCACACCCUCGAAGCCGAACGGAUCGGGCUGGCCACCGCUUACAACGAAUACCGCAAAAUGCAUCUUGUCGUGGCUUGCUUCGAA